AUGGAGGCAAGUAUAUGUGCAUCUUUUGAUCGAUUAAGACCAGAUGAUGAACUGGGGGCGCGCCCGAGCCCGGCGCCCUACACCAACCUGCGCUCCAUGUCCACCAGGGAUGCCGCCGCCGCCGCCGCCGCGGUUGAUGCCGACGACGACGGUGCGGCGGCGUCAGGCGGCGCGGUGGUGUUGGUGGGCAGCUCGCGGCGGCGGUACGUGAUCAGCGCGGAGCACCUGAGCCACCCGCUGAUCGCCGCGCUCAUUGGCGACGAGGGGCGGCGGCGGGAGGGCGAGCCCGCCGCCGCCGUCGUCGUCAACUGCGAGGUGGUGCUGUUCGACCACCUGCUGUGGAUGCUGGACAACGCCGACAACGACGACCUCCGCACCGACGACGGCGCCGCCAUGAGGGAGCUCGCGCAGCUUUACGCGUGCUGAUCGGUUACCCUGCUGCACAUCGAUCGAAUGGUCGUCGUCGUUAAUACGGACACACACGGUUGAUGGUCAUUUUGUCAGGUUAUUAAUUCCAUUCGUUAAGCUGCAUGCCUCGAUCGAUCUUCAGUUCUUUUUUUCGCCGUUUCUUGCAUGCGCCGGAUGUCUAAGAUUUCUCGGGCGCCACACUGUUCGUAACUUCGUGUACACGGAUCGAGAUGAGAGAUUGAUAUGAUGCCAGUUGUUGCCUAUAGUUUCUCUUGUUUGUAUCAGUGACGCUUCUGAUGCUAUUUGCGUCAGAGACAGGCGGCGUCAUCAUGUUGCUUAAGCUUGUUUGCGAUUGAAGGCUUAGUUUGCUUAACUUCACUGCAUAUUAUUGCACAUUGACAUUGCUGUAUCGAUCAUUUCUAUUUCACUGAAAACUAAUGUAAGGUGGAACCGUGAUCAA